AUGAGCCUCAAGGACGCGGCCGAGCGCGUGAGUGCGAUCGAACAAGCCUUCCACGACGACGCGAGUGCGUUGAGCGCGUCCAACUCGGACGCUGCGAUGCGCUUGACGGUGCUUACGGCUGUGGGUCGCCACGGCGACGCGUUCACGGAAGCGGCGCAAGGAGGCCGCGCCGCCGAGGUCGAGCGGUACCUCGAGCAAGGCCUCGAUGUCAACACCAAGCACUCGGAGCUCGGGUGGACCGCGCUGCACAUGGCGGCCGCCAACGGCCACGAAGACAUUGUGCGGCUUCUGCUGCGACACGGCGCCGACCAAUCCAAGAUAUCGUCGAAGAAGGAGAAGACACCGCUCGAGCUCGCGGUGCAGCGCGGCCAUAGCUCGAUCGCCAACCUCCUUCGCAAGGGUUCGUGGGGCAGCAGCUCGGCGUCGCACGAAGAGUUUGUCGAAGCCGGCCGGCGCGGCCUCACAGACGUGCUCCGGCGCCUCCUUGGGGACGGUGUCCAGGUUCACGUGACCAACCGCUACGGUGUCUCGGCGCUCAUGUUUGCUGCCGACCAAGGGCACGUUGAGGCGACGCGUCUCCUGCUGCACCACGGCGCCGACCCGAAGAGCCUCACGAAGUUUGGGCAGCCGCUCUUUCUGUCGGUGAUUGACCACGGGCAUACCAAGAUCGCCCAGCUCUUUCUCGACUACGGCGCGCCCGUCCAGAUGGCGACCGACGACCUCGUGACGGGACUGCACAUUGCGGCCGAGCGCGGGCACGCCGACUUGUGCCAGCUCCUUUUGCGCUACAACGCCGACAAGAGCGCGCGCACGGCGAGCGGCGACACGCCGUACCGCGUCGCGUACCGGAACGAGAUGCUUGCGACUCAAACGACGAGCGGCGAGACGUUGGAAGUCUUACUGUCCUAA